AUGGCGGAUCUGGACCAAGCUGUGCGGGAACGUGACAACCCGGAGCUGACUCGUCUGCGGGAUCUCCAGGAGACGACUGUCGCGGAUCUGGCGCAGGUAUGCCGGGAGCGGGACGCCCUUCAAGGUGAGGUGAACCAAGUUCGUUCGGAGUUCCAUGAUCUCCAAUCCGACUUCGAUGCGUCCAAGCAGACCGUGACUGCAAUGGGGCGCCGGAUUCAGGCGAUCGAAUCUGAAAGUCGGUUGCUGACGCAGGAUCUGAUCCGGAUGAGCCAUGAGCGGGACGUGCUACAGCAGGAGCUCUCAUUGACCUCCAUCACCACUCUGGUGAGAGCGCGACCUGGUGCAAUCGAAGAGGUUCUGGAUCCGGCCUACAUCCUCAGCUUGAUCCAUCCAACUCUGGCCGUCAAGCGUCGCAUUUUCUCGCCGUCCUCCGAGCAUGAUGAAGCCAUGGACCAGGAGGGUAACCGCGCAGCUUUCGGCGCUGCCACAGAGGGAGAGAUCGACGACGAUGGGGGCGGUAACCAGGAGGAGGAGGCGGAGCAUGCACACACGUUGGUUUCGGCCGACUAUCACCCUUGGCUGGUGGAUCGCCUGAACGACGUGGCCAUGGUAUCUAUGCUGAUCGACGCGUUGUUCCCGAUCCUUCCCACUGCUCCAGGCUGUUUAUUUCCCUACUUCGGCCCUGCCCAGGGCCGUAAGCCGAAGAUCCAACUCAGUGACUACUGCUGGGAACUCAACACAGAAGAGAACGUGCGGGCGCUAUUGGACACUCACCCUUGGGAAAUCCUUGAGAACCCGGGCGAUGCCAUUUCGUUCGAAGUCACUGUGGGUGGUCGACUUGGGAUCCUGAUCCAGGAGUACGGGAUCUUCGAAGACACUAACCUCAUGUCCUACUGGGAAUCGACCCACCACUUCCCGAUCCCCGAUACGAUGGCAAAGAAAUAUCCGUGGCUGCUAGGAACGCAGUAA